AUGGAAACUUAUUUAAUGGAAUUUAUUGAAGCCUUCACGCACUUACUUCUGUAUGUAAUGAACAUAUAUUCUUCAGGUGCCCUCCACCCGAUUAAGAAAUUUUUAUCAAACAACAGUUUAUACAAGUAUCGAAUAAUUCUGAAGAAUUUAAAAGAUGAAAUUUUAAAAAUUUAUACAAUCGAAUUUGAGCAAUUGUAUCAACCACGAAGAACACAGAUUAGCUAUAACGCCUUUGAACAACUAGUUUGGGAUCUCUUCACAUAUGUCGAGGUGCAGAUGUGCGAGACAUAUUCCACAGAUAAAACUUUUGAAAUUUCCUUCGAUUUGAUUAAAGACCACGAAACAGAUGAUGUACCAAAUGAACACUUGGCAAGAGACUGGGAGAUAGUGUCAUACGACACCCUAGACCUCUUCGAUAAGAAAAUUAUAAAAAGCAUAAACGUCUUUGAAAACGGCUUUAACCCUAUAUGUCAAGUGUAUGUCGAACACAGAAAAGAAACCGCACCAACAGAUGCAGCGUAG